AUAGCCCCGCGGUAGCUGAAGGAAGAUGAAUGGAGCGACUAGCUAACAAGCUAACAACAACAUUACAGCUCAUUAACAUUAACUGCUUUAAUGAGCUCAGAACAAGAAAACACUCAAUAAUUAACACAUUUAGGAGCUUCUGUAGCGGAUCCAACUGCUGGGGUUCAGAUGAUAGUUGGAACACAAGCUGAACAGGACAGCUAACUGAUGCUAACUGAUGCUAACAACAACAUUAGCAUGCUGGAAGGAGCCUCUCUGAACCUGAGACUCUGAACCAACAGGAAACAUCUGGAGAAGGCUGAGGUAACCAUGUACUCGAGCCCCAACAACCAAAUGACGUCCAGCUGCAACAACAACAACAACAGCAGCAUCACUGGGCUGCUGGGUGCCCUGUGUGACAGCAGCCUGUCCGGGGUGUCGUGGAAGCGCCGUGCCCUGGGUGGAGUCUCCAGAGAAGGUUUCCGCAGAGCUCUCAAGAAGUGUGCCUACGGCGCCCUGCUGUCGAAGCUAUUUCAAGAUGACACCAAAGGGUCCGCCUCGGGACCGAGUGCCAUGGCUAACACGCCGGCCAAAAACAAAGUCCUAAUGAUAUGUUUUGACUUGCGGGUGGCCGGGUGCCGAGAGGAAGCAGAGAGGUUGGAGGAGCAGCUGGGGAUGCUGCCGGAGGGAGCAUCCCCAGCUGGCCUGAAGGAAGUAGACGCAGUUCUUGAGCUCUUGGUACAUCUCGCUGGUUCGGCACCUCCACCUCCUACCUCUUUCAGCCAGGACUACAUGAGACGAGAGAGACCCGUGCUGCGGAGGCCUCGGCCCUGGGGCUACCAGAGCGAGGAGCUUCAGAGGCUGGAGGCCCGGGCAUGGGGUCUAGUGUGUGGGGAGGAAUGGGGGACUUUAGAGAGUCUGUGUGGAACUCAGAGGCUGAUGGAUGCCCCUCCAGGCACAGGACUGCUGGCUCUGAGAACUAAAUUGGAAACGGAAGAAAGAUUUGAGAGGGAGACCAGGAUGACGCUGUUUGGCGCACUGCAACACACUCGCACCUCAGACAUAGACAUAAGACUGGACCUGCCUCCUGUUCCCAGUAAUGUUGAUGUAACUGGGCUGGCUAUAAGGGUUCCCUCGUGUUUAGAUCAGUCUGAGGAUGAGGGCUUCCAGUCAGCUUCCAACAUGACCCCAGACUCCCAGUCGGAGACCAGCCCCAUUCCAGACAUUGAUAUAUGGGAGGCUCUCCGCACGUUCGUGCCUGGAAGACGUCGCUGCUGGGAGUCUGUUGGCUGCCCACCGGGGACGAGAGAGUCACUCUAUCUAACGGAGGGAGGCAGGGAGGCCUUUGACCAGCUCUACCGUCUCUGGGAGGGGGAGAUGAGGGUGGUCAGCACGGCUACACCCUCUCCUCUCAUCCCGCUGCCCCUGGACUCUCAGGCACAGCUGGUAUUUGACCUCCUCAACGUCUUGAUCGGAGUGGCGUCCACGACCUUCCCUCUCAACCAGAGCGUUCAGUUUGACGUCAGACCUGGUGUGUGCGUGUCGGGAGCCUCUCCAGAGAGCGUGUCUCGUCUCCUGGGGGAGCUGGCCCAGUACGGCACCCACUACCUGAGGCUCAGUCGCUUCUCUCUGCAGAGCGCUGACAAAAAAGGCCUCGUCUUCCAGGCUUUUACAGGCGGUCUGCGGAAGUAUCUGCAUUACUACAGAGCUUGUGUUCUCAGCACUCCGCCCACCCUCAGCCUGUUGACUAUUGGCUUCCUCUUCCGUAAAGUGGGCCGCCAGCUAAGGUACCUGUCAGAGCUGUGCUGUGUAGACGGGCCUUUGGGUGCAGGCCAGGCUACCUUCCCUGUGGGUGUUAAACUGAUGUCCUACCUGUACAAUGAAGCCCAGAAUAACUGCAGCAACGAGAACUAUCCGGUCCUGCUGUCGCUGCUGAAGAGCAGCUGUGAACCGUAUACACGGUUUGUGUCUGACUGGGUGUACAGCGGCGUGUUUCGGGAUGUUUAUGGAGAAUUCAUGAUCCAGGUCAAUCAGGACUAUCUCGGCUGCAGAGACAAACACUUCUGGGUCCAAGGCUACACGCUGAUCACAAAGGAUGUGGAGGAUUGCGUGCCCGUCUUCCUGAGACACAUCGGCAAUGAUGUGUAUGUCUGUGGGAAGACUAUCAACCUCCUCAAGAUCUGCUGCCCGCAGCACUACAUCUGCGGGUCGGAGCUGCCGGUGCCUCGCAUCUCCGUCACCUUCUCCCUCCAGGAGGUGGAGGAGAUCGAGAGGGACUGCGCUGUGUAUCGCGGACGCAUGGAGCGGGUUGCUAAGCACAGUGCCAUCAGCAGGGAGGAGCAAGCGCUGCGAACAGAGCAGGCACGCCAGGAGCUGAUCAAUCAGGUCAGAGAGUCAGCGGCCAAAACCCUGGAGAGCAUCCGCGGGCGCCAGGUGUCACAACGUCUGGCUGAGGAGGCCGAGAAGAGGGAGCGUUUUGAGGAGAUGAAGCACGACCUGGAGCAGGAGCAAGAGUGGCGAAGUGUAGCCAAGAAGAGGCAGGAGGAGGAUGACUUCGGCUUUGCCAGAGAGCUGAGGGACCGAGAAAAGAGACUACAAGCCCUGGAGGAGCAACUGGAGCAGAGAGCCAGGAAGGAGCUGAUAGCUCAGUACAGCCGUCUGUCAGAGGAGGCGGCUCGCAGAGAGAGGCGAGCCAUGUGGCGAGUGCAGCGAAUGAGACUUGACAACGCCCGGGCUCAGUUCUUCAUGCACGACAGCCAGCAGACUCAGGCAAUGCUAAAGAAAUAUCCUUUAGGCCAAGAGAGACCUCCCAUGGAAGUGUUGCUACCUGUUCCCUCAGCUCAACAGACUGCACCACAACCAGCACCGGAAUCUCCCACUCAGGAUCCGUCUGCACAGCAGCCAGCGGAGACUCAAGAACCUGAUGCUGUAUCACCACCCAGCCUCACCCACCUCACAGUAGACCCCGUCCUCAACUCUGAGCACAUCGACGUCGAUGAUUUUCUCCCCAAGUCACCGAAUCCUGGCAGUCAGCAGGUGGACGUCGCCCUGCAGGAGAUCGGCUCUGACCUACCUGAAGCGUGUCCUACAGCACAACUAGUAGACUAUGACUUCAGUGCCCCCUUUAGUCCACUUGAGGGUAUCACGGGCCAAACCUUGGUCCAGCCCCGGCCUCGCUGGGGACCUGCAGUCCAGCCUGACAUGCUCCAAAACCACCCCUCCUUUUCUCACAUCCCCAUAGGAGAGAACAUGUCCCAAGUCCAGGAAAGUCUCCCAAAAGCCAACCCCUUCAGCCAAGCCUCCAAAUCCAGCUUUCCUCUAGGCCAGUACACCCCAGAGGAGUUUCAAAAUACAUCUAAAGCAAACGUUUAUGGACAUCCUUCUCAAUCCUCAGUGCUCCUAGUAGAUGGGAGUGGCUCAAUGGCGGAAAACAAGCAGACAGAAGUUGCAUCUGUGAUAGAACAGAAGACUGAAAUGGGGAAUUUAGAAAGUAAAGUAGAGGCAAAGAGUAAAUCUGUUGAGGGUGUAAAAGACAAUGAUGCCCCGUCCACAACGCCAGAGCAAAGUGCCGGGGAUAAUCGUCAUCACAAAGCAGUGACAAGCCUUUCUGACUGUGGUGGCAUUGAUCCACCUGAUGCACGUACUCAAGAUAACGUUGGUGAUAAUAUUUUUUUGCCAAACAUUCAUGUCUCCAGUGUUCAACUAAAACCCGGAGAGCUGGUUUCAGAUGCCGUUGCCCAGCAGCCUUCGCUCAGCAUCCACGGUCAUUUCUCUGAUGCUCACAUAAAGGUCGGACAGCUUGUGUCGGAGGUAACUGCUCCUCUUCCAUCCCCCAACGUCCACGGCCAUGCCUCAGAUUCACACAUCAAGAUUGGAGAGCAUGCUUCGGACGUUGACGCUCCUCUACCUUCCUCCGGCGUUCACGGCCACUCUUCCGAUGCUCACAUUAAAGUCGGGGAAAAUGUUUCAGAGUUCGUCGCUCCUCUUCCUGCUCCAAAUGUCCACGGUCACAGUGCAGAUGCCCACAUUAAAGUUGGAGAAAAUAUCUCAGAUGUUGCCUCGCCGCUUCCUGCUCCCGGCAUCCACGGCCACUCCUCUGACGCUAAUAUAAAAGUGGGCGAGUUUGUGUCUAACAUAGCUGAAGCAAGACCCCGUUGGAGCGAACACGGGCACGCCUCAGACGGCACGCUUCAAUCAGGCUGCGUGGUGUCCGGAGCUGAACCCACCUUGUCUGCUCUACCUGGAAGCUCUUACGGUCACUCCUCAGACUCGGGGUUGGUUACCGGAUGUGUCGUUACGGGAGACGAACCCAAACGUUCUCUUCUACCUGGCAGUGCCCAUGGUCACUCCUCAGACUCAGGGUUGGUUCCCGGAUGUGUCGUAUCGGGAGACGAACCCAAACGUUCUCCUCUACCCGGCAGUGCCCACGGUCACUCCUCAGACUCAGGGAUGGUUCCCGGAUGUGUCGUUACAGGAGACGAACCCAAACGUUCUCCUCUACCCGGCAGUGCCCACGGUCACUCCUCAGACUCAGGGUUGGUUCUCGGAUGUGUCGUAUCGGGAGACGAACCCAAACGUUCCCCUCUACCCGGCAGUGCCCACGGUCAUUCCUCAGACUCAGGGAUGGUUCCCGGAUGUGUCGUUACAGGAGACGAACCCAAACGUUCUCCAUUACCCGGCAGCGCUUACGGCCACUCAUCAGAUUCUUCGCUUGCAGUUGGGUGCGUGGUGAAGGGCAUAGGCAUCUUAAAUCAGCAGAAGACAGAAGACAACGAAGAUGGUAAAGGCUCUAAGUCGGACAGCCCUGGGGAGCAGCUGGCUGAGUUCAUGGGGCGCUGGGCAGCCGGCUUCUGUCUGUCCCCCGGAGAAAAGUCUGAGCACGAUUACCUCUUGGCUUUGUGUGCUCAGUACGAUGUGGAACACUACGAAGACUGCUACAACCUAAUGGCUUCGUCCCCUGAGUGCCAGCUGGUGAAGCAGGUAACUCGGGGCCCCUGGGGGCUUCCCAUGGACCCCACGCUCCGCAGAGCCACAGACACCACGGCUGUCCAACUCAGCGAGAUGGUUUCCCUGCCAGUUCUGAUAAAACAGGCCGUCACCACCCCGCUCAUCACACAUGUGUCUUUGGUGAACAAGGCGGUGGUGGACUACUUCUUUGUGGAGUUGGGGGUGGAGAGACACUUUGAGGCACUGCGCCACUUCCUGCUGAUGGAGGACGGCGAGUUCUCUCAGUAUCUCAGCGAUCUGCUCUUUGAAAAGCUGGGCAGCGGCCAGACUCCCGGCGAGCUGCUGACCCCCUUGGUCCUGAACUCCAUCCUCAGCAAGGCCCUGCAGUACAGCUUACACGGGGACACCCCCUUAGCCGCUAACUUCACCUUCGCCCUGCGCUUCCUCCCGGAGACCUUCCACCCGAACGCCCCCGAUUCUCUCAACUGUCUGGAGCUGCGUUACAAGGUGGACUGGCCGUUGAACAUCAUCAUCACGGACAGCUGCAUGAACAAGUACAACCGUCUGUUCUCGUUCCUGCUGCAGCUCAAACACAUGGUGUGGAGCCUCCGCGAGGUCUGGUUCCACCUCAAGAGAACAGCACUGGUGAAAGGUGCCGGUCGCUCGGUGCAGUUUCAUCAGCUGCAGCUGUACAGACAUGAGAUGCAGCAUUUUGUGAAGGUGAUCCAGGGAUACAUCGCCAACCAGAUCCUGCAAGUGUCCUGGAGCGAGUUCACAGCCAAGCUGGCCACCGCCAGCGAUCUGGACGCCAUCCACCGCACACACGCAGACUACCUCAACAGAGCCAUCUUCAGGGGUUUGCUGACGGAGAAGGCGGCUCCGGUCAUGAACAUCAUCCACAGCAUCUUCAGCCUCAUCCUGAAGUUUCGGGCGCAGCUGAUCGCACAGCCGUGGGGCAGCCAGCAGGGGGAGGCAGUGCACCCCAGCUUCAUUGCCAUGCAGCAGUCGUACAACACCUUCAAGUAUUACUCUCACUUCCUUUUCAAAGUGGUGACCAAGCUGGUGAACCGAGGCUACCAGCCUCAUCUGGAAGAUUUCCUUCUUCGCAUCAACUUCAACAACUACUACAAAGACUCCUGAGCUGUGUACUGCCGUGCAUGUUGUACAUGCGUAGUGUUACAUGACAGACAUACUUUGUUGGAUACUUAUCCAACGCACCAUAGUGUACCAGGAGUGUUUACAUUUUUAGAAUCCCUGAUGUUUGUUUAUAAGACAGAAUACAGAUAAUCAGACUUUUCAGUGUCUAAAAUAUAGUCAAAAACCCACCUGUGCUUUAUAUUGGGGCAUGCAUUUCACAUAUAAACCAGUUUAAUCAAUCAAUGUGCAGGAUUUGAGCUACAUGUCUGUGUGCUUUACUUCUAAAUAUGCAAUGCUGCUAACGUUUGUGAUGGAGAUGAAGCUAAUGUCUGCUGUAAAGUCACGCUCAGAUGAGCUUCCUCCAGCUGUGUAGAUUAUAAGUGCAUAUAAAUGAAAUGUAAAUAUAAAAGCUUUGUUAAAUAAAUGCUCUAUUCUCUA